AUGAGCAGUAUCCACUUUCCAUCAUGGACCGAACAACAGAGCUUGUUCAAAUUAUCAUGUGCCGAUGCAGAAACAUGCAGUCAGUUAUCCAGUGUGGAAAACUCCAUGCCAUCUCUUCAGAGGACCGAGUCUGAACUAGGUGCCAAGAAAAUGGCCAUUCCACGUCUUGCUGAAGGUGCCGAGUCUGCAUUCCCCUCUCCAGGAAGAUUUCAUCGCCGUCACGUACGCCGAGCAUGCGAGUCCUGCCGACAAAGAAAGACAAAGUGCACUGGAGACAAGUCUGGAUGCCGGAAUUGCCGAGAGGCUGGCAUUAUCUGCUGCUAUACUGAUGGAAAAAGAGAGAAGUCGAAACGCCAAUUAGCAAGCCUGUCUGCAAAGGUACAGGCGUACGAAGAUGUCAUCACUAAGCUGAGCAAUCGAUUUGGUGUCUCCGACGAACAACUCGUGAACAUCGCCCUUGCAGUGGACUCCGCUUCUGAUUUAGCAUUGGACAGUGACCCCAAUGCUACUGGAGAGAGGACGUUGAAUUCUGAACCAUCUCCUUCACAUCCCUCCUCUGAUGCACCUCUCGAUCUUGUCGACCAUACAAACGAGGACUUCAAUAGAGAUGAAGUAGCUCGCUCGACUGGAUUUAUGGGUAAAAGCUCUGAGAUCACUUGGCUUCAAAGACUUAGCAAGGAAGUCAAUAGUGAGACCGAGGAGUGGCCAUGUUAUAAUUCGAACGCAGAUGACGAGAAUGCUUUGCCUUCUCCUUCGCUAACUACGCUAACUCCCCGUCCCGAAAAUACGAGUGAAUCACUGGUUGCAUCCUUGAAUUACUACCUUGACGAUUUGGAAAUUCCCAACGCCGAUAAAGUUGAUUCCAGCGUCGUGCCCCCGAAAAGAAACGGCAACAAAAUUUUCCAGGCCUACUUCAGCCAGCCAUCUUUAAAGCCUGGGAGUAAAUGGCUGGCCAUUCUCAAUCUCAUUUUUGCAAUAGCUGCAAAGCAUGGACAAUUGGCAAACACAGGCUUGAAUGACGAAGAGGAUGGCCACCAGGUUUACUUUUCGCGGGCCAGAAUGCUUAGCCUGGAGGAUCAGUUGUUACAUCACCCCGAUCUCCAGCAACUGCAGGUUGAAGGACUUACCUGCUUCUAUAUGAUCUCUUCCGGCCACAUCAACAGGGCCUGGAAGCUUUCUGGAAGUGCAGUCCGAGGUGCAUUGGCUCUUGGUCUCCACCUUCGCAAUGUCGGAUCAUGUACUUCAAAUACCUCGAAAGAGAUCAGAUACCGUGUGUGGUGGUCGCUGUAUACGGUUGAGCAUCUUCUGACUAUCAUGACCGGUCGACCAUCUUGUAUCGUCGACAGUUCUUGCACCACACCCCUUCCUGUGCCAUUUGAUGAAAGCGACUUUCAGAAAGACGAAGUAUCCAUUUUAAUCAGUACUGCCGGAAGAAGCACAUGCGGCCCUCUGGAGCAGAUGACCUUGAAAAAUAGCACCGGGAGACUCGAUUCAGCUGCUGAUUCAGACACGACCGAUGAAUGCAAUGAUUCUGAUACUAAAAUUAGUCGAGCUGAAUACCUGAAGAGUCUUGCACCAUGCAUGUCACUAUACUUUCUGCAAUUGACGUCGCUCACAACCAUCGCCAAACGAAUGACCGUCAAGCUUUACAGUCCGGAGGCAUUGCAAGCCCCGUGGGCAAGCACUGAGUUCAUAAUUAAAAGCUUGAUGCUCGAUAUUGAUUCUUGGUUCAUGAAUCUGCCACCAUCCUACGACUUUACCUCUACGCAGACUUCGCAGUGCCCUCUUGGACAAAGAAUGGGGCUUGCUUUUCUCUUCUACAGCACGAAGAUUGGCAUUACACGCCCAUGUCUGUGUCGACUUGAUGCCUCGCAUUCAGAUGGCGAUCGAACCUAUGAGUUCUGCAGCAAGACGGCUGCGGAGUGUAUCGAGUCAGCAUGCCACAUGUUGACGUUGUUCCCGGAUUCUCCAGAUGCCGCGCUCCUGCAUCGGAUCUCCCCGUGGUGGUGUACACUCCACUAUCUCAUGCAAUCCACUACCGUGUUACUGUUAGAGCUUGCAUUUCAAGCCCAACAUGUUCCCGAAAAGGCAGCAAUGGUCUCCAAAGCGGCCAAAAAAGCACUUGACUGGCUACACACCCUUUCUAAAACAAAUGCCGCAUGCGAGCGCGCAUGGAGACUAUGUGAUGGAUUUUUACGCCGCCUUGAACCUCAGUUCUGCAUCAAUAUCUCUGAGCUAUCUGAAAAUGAGGAAUCAUCUGUCUCUUCCCUCCUCGAUGCCCCAGAGCUCGACGAGACCCCACUCGUCGCGGAUGAUUCCGUUAUGGAUCAAAUUUCGCUCAAUCCGUCCGCUAUACUGCCUUCGACGAAUGCAAUCGACACCAUCGCUGCAGAUAUGGACUCCAUCGCUUGCUCACCGAUGGAUCAUUCAGGCACCCCACUCGGGAUGUCGGCGCCUUACAAAAUAGAGCCUCCGGACUUAAUGGACCCAUUCAUUAAGCCUGAUAAUUUAAGCUCCAGUCGAAGCUCUUAUGAUGACUACUUCCCUUAUGAUCCAGCGACUGGCCAGAUUACCGGCUCCUUUUUCCCAACGGGACCAAAUAUGGAUCUUGAUUUGGGCUACUUCUGGGGUGACCCUAUAUGUUGA